AUGGCUUUGAAUCGAAUUCCCAAGGAUCGCGAAAUCGAUAUCGACCAAGAAAUGCCUGGCCAUGAACUACAAGAGCAACUAACCUACAAAAGGGCAGCGGCGGCGGCGGCGUCUGGGGCGAUUUCGAGUGGUCCUUUAAAGGCUGUGGGUGAAUGCCUGGUGGUCAGUCGCUUCAAACGCCUGGCAUACGAAGGACAACAACAAGAACAACUAAAUCAACAGCAGCAGCAACAGCAUGACAAUGGCGAACCCACCGCAACGACGGUCAGUGCUGGUGUCCAGUUGGCAUCGGUAACAUUUUCAAACUCCUCAACACAUCGCAACACAACAACACUAACACAAUCUAACCAUAACAAUGUAUUAAUAACAACAACUUCCCCCACACAAGGCGUCGAUGGGGUCACUCUUCGACUCCAUAAGCGUAACAAUGAAGUCAUUUAUGCAGCAAGUGAUGAAAUCACCACUACCACCACCGCACCUAACAUCAACAACAACAAUGACAUACAUCUCAAGUCCAAUACAUUGACACCACCCCCACCAUCUUCAACAACAACACUUUCCACAAAUUCGAUCGAUUCAUCACCCUUCAAUGCCAGUAGUAACAGUUCCACCAGCGAAUAUGAAAAUGAAAUCCCACAAAUUCCUGCUUAUAUUCGCACCACAGCGAUGUUCUUUUGCAUUGUCAUCAUGCUAAUGGGUGUUAUUGGAAAUGUUAUGGUACCCAUUGUGAUCAUACGGACCAAAGAUAUGCGAAAUUCCACCAAUAUUUUUCUUACAAAUUUGAGUAUUGCCGAUCUACUGGUACUCUUGGUUUGUACUCCAACCGUGUUGGUCGAAUUAAAUACCAAACCGGAAACAUGGAUUUUGGGGCAUGAAAUGUGCAAAGCCGUUCCAUUCAUAGAAUUGACAGUGGCCCAUGCAUCUGUCCUCACUAUAUUGGCCAUAUCAUUUGAACGUUAUUAUGCCAUCUGUGAACCAUUAAAGGCGGGCUAUGUUUGCACUAAGACGCGAGCAAUUCUGAUUUGUUCCCUGGCAUGGGGUAUUGCUGCCUUAUUUACGAGUCCAAUAUUGUGGAUGGCCGAAUAUAAAUAUGCUGAUUACAUAGAUGGAUCCUCGGUACCGGUGUGUCUUACUCAAGCUUUAACCAUUUGGACGUUGGGAUUCUUCCUCAUGAUCACCGCUGUCUUCUUCGUUUUUCCACUGUUCAUUUUAAUAGUCCUGUAUGGGAUAAUUGCAAAAAAUCUCAUUUCCGAUACGGGACCCAUGAUGCGCAUACGACCCAUUAAACCAGAGCUAAGCCUGAAAGCCCGCAAACAAGUUGUCCUUAUGUUGGGAGCUGUAGUGGUGGCAUUUUUCCUUUGCCUUCUGCCAUUUCGUCUCUUAACUCUGGGCAUCAUCUUGGCCCCGGACAAGAUACACGAUUUAGGUUUGGAAAGUUACUACAAUAUACUCUACUUUAGUCGCAUCAUGUUGUACCUGAACUCAGCCAUAAACCCCAUACUCUACAACUUGAUGUCGACUAAAUUCCGCAAAGGAUUUUACAAACUAAUCUUCAGCUUGUGGAUGGCGGUGCUUAGCACCAUCACCUGUGGCCAUUGGGAGCCAUGUGGCGGCAAGCGGAAGGGCGCCAACGGUUUGGUCACCACCACCACGACUAGCUCAAAUACCAACACCACCACCAAUACCUCGUCCAGUAUUUUAUCGCGUAGCUCAAAUCGCCGCUCAAGUGAUGAAGUUGUCCAGCGCACCCGUGUCCAGAUACAAAUGCAAAUUCCCUGUGGCGGUGAUUGUGAAAUGGUUGCCAUGCUACACAACACCAGCACAGAUUGUCGAGCAGCUGUUGUGGUUGCAGCCAGUUUACCGGCUCUCCACAGUGGUAGUACAUGUGGUGUAAUGAAGGGCCAAUGCCAAAGACGCUCAUCGACAUCAUCCUCGUCAUCGCUGCAAACCAAUUCUCAGCGUCACCAUCGCCAUGUAAUCUGUAGUCGCUUGAAGGCCAGGCAAAUAAGUUUCGAAGAAGAUGCCGAUGCUGACGUGGCUUAA